AUGAGCACCAUUGACGAAAACGAGAAUACGAAGCAGAAACGCAAUAGACCUUGCGAAAACUGUCGUGCUCAUCGCCGAAAGUGUAUCGUAUUGCAGGGAAUGCAAUGUGAACGCUGUCGAAAGAUGAGUUCAUGUUGUCUAUUUAAAUUUACGGCCAGGCCUCUAAUGGCCAAGAGAGCAAUACCUCUAUCGAAAAAGAAUCGAGUUUGGAACGAGAUAUGGGAGUUAGAGCAAGAAGCCGAGGAUUUACAAGAGCAGCUCAGAGCUCUCCAUAUCACUGCCAAAGUAAACAAACGUCCUCGAAAACAACUAUUGCCUACCAACAAUUACAACACAGUGGAACAAAAAGUAGCACAGACAGAAAACACUGCCUGCGAAUGUAUCGAUGCCUCAAAGUGCACCCACCUAAAUCCCAAAAACUCCUAUUCUGACCAAUGGCAGCUCACACUAUCUAAAACUACAAAUGGAAUCCAAUUCCAAACCAAUAUAAAUAAUUUCUCUGACAUGCUUGUAUUUAUCCGAGAAGCAGCACCAUAUCUAUCUAUAUCACCGCAACAUACACUUUCGUUUAUUACUAAAAGAUCAAAAGGCAUGAUCGUAACCAACUGUCUAUUGAAGAUUGAAUCAGUAAUCAGAAAUACCUUCUCCACCACAGCUAUUGAAAACGAAGAACCCAAAAACAGUAUCAUAGUUAAAAAUCAAAAUGAACGAUAUUUAGCAAAGCUUUUGUUUAUCGACAUAUAUUUCUCAUGCUACGGAAUGCUUAAUCCUAUCUUGAUACACUAUUAUUAUUACAACUAUUUACGGUCAAAUCCAGACUCUCUCCUUUCUACCUCAAUCGCUGCCUUUGUUGGCUAUUCGCAAUGUAGACAUGCUCCCAAGACCUUUGGAAGCUACACACGAGAAGAACUUUCAGAAUCAUUUAGAAAAGAAGCCCAGGAGCUCAUGAGAGACGCAUUGUUCGACAACCUCGACGGCCCAACUCUAGAGACAACCUUUUCUAUAGCCCUCCUUUCUUUUGUAUCUGUCUUGACGACAAAUAUGCAAGAAGCAAGAUUGUACAGCUCGACUUCUUGGCGUAUGGUCAUCCAGCUCAAGGAUACAUACAGGCAUAUAUUACACCUUCCUCUGUCAGAGGCUAUCGAGAAAGUAGGUCCUCUUGGAAUUAUUAAAGCAGAGACAUGGAGACGCAUGUUCUAUAUUAUCCGUUACGUCGAAACAUACUUGUAUAUGAUGCUCGACAACCUCAACGACUUUUCCGACAUCUUAUUCCCUAUCGAAAUUGGCCACCCGACACCUCUACCAUACGAGAUGGCUGACACAGCCAUAUACGAAGCCGUCAAAGUCUAUUGCGACUAUGUUCGACUUAUUAGCAUUUCUAAAGUAUACGACAACGGAAAACACACCUCGGUUAUAUCAUACCGUCUGCAGGCUGGUUCCUUAAAGGUCAUUCCAUCCAAUGCUGUCGAGAUGAUCGAAAAUCAGCUGUUUGAAUUUUGGAAUAGUCUACCGCCAUCUCAUCGAGUAUCAGAUCAGCCCAUGAGCUAUAUUCAGACAGAUCAUAUUCAUCAGUGUGUCAAUACACGUGUUCUCUACCUCAAUGUUGUAUAUUAUGUGAACUGGCUCAACCUACAAACCCGUAUUAUGGAUCCACCAAAAUAUUGCGACCUCAGUGAUGCAUCUUUAGGAUGUAUCGAUGGAAAACGAGCACUUAUAAUAGUAUCCAUGUCUUCUGAUGCGAUAGUGAAAAUCCUACAUGUUUUACAUCUUCGUCUACCUUGUGCACUUGACCUACAUCUGUUGAUUCUCGCAAUCGACGCCUUGGCUUUAUUGAGAUCAUCGCCUAACCGAGAUAUUCGGGAUCGAGCAGACCAGGGUCUUAAACAAGCCAUCAAGGUUCUCCAUGACCGUGCAUCGCAUGCCAGAAGUCCGCUUUCGUCUCCUAGCUUAGCAGAAAACAAUUGCAAUAGCCGUUCAUGUAGUCCUGAAGCUAUGCAAGAAGCAAAUGAAAUUAGUUGGAGUGUAAGCAGCUGUUCAAGUGUUUCUGGUCCACAGUCUCCUGGAAACACGGAAGAUUACACGGAAACGAUUCCUGUAAAUUACGAAGGCGACAAGAUACAUUCGAUUGGGUAUCUUGGCUGGAUGAAGAAACAACUAGGGUCGAUCUCUAAUGAUACCCUUUAA